GCUUUCCCUUUCUCAAAAUUUCCUAUGAAAAUCCAAUUUUCUCCCCCCGCAAGUGUUAUUUUAUUGGCAUCGAGCUUCACAUCCAACAGCAUGUAAUCUUUUGUAACUUUCUGCUCAUGGAGGGUCCUUAGCUCUCUCUCUCCCUCUGCCUCUCUCUCUCUCUCUCUCUCUCCAGAUUUAAAAGAAAUUAGAGUUGGAUUUUGAUACCUAAUGACUCCACCUCUGCUUGGAGUUGAUGAGGAGGGUCGAAGCAAUGUUACUUUGUUGGCUUCUUCGACUUCCAUGGACAAUAUGGGCCGGAAUGGGUUAGAACUUAAAGAGCAUAACUAUCUGGGAUUAUCAGAUUGCUCUUCCGUGGACAGCUCUACAAUCUCUACUGCAUCCGGAGACAAUAGUGGAUGUUUAAAUUUUAGGGCAACAGAGUUGAGACUUGGGCUUCCUGGAUACCAAUCCUCUGAAAGAGGUCCAGAAUUCUGCCUGCUAAGCUCAACAAAACUUGAUGAGAAACCUCUUUUUCCUUUGCAACCUACAAAGGAUGACAAUUAUUCAUUAUCCCAGAAAACUGCUGUUUCAGGAAACAAAAGAGGGUUCUCAGAUGCUAUGGAUGGAUUCAUUGAGGGAAAGUUUACUGCUAAUUCUGAGGUUAAUGCUAUGUUAUCAGCUAAAGCUACUCCAAACUUGGGUAUAAAGUCUGGUUCUGGAAAAGAGAACUCUGGGACUCACCCAACCAAAAUGAAAGAGCCCCAACAUACAUCCCAGGAGAUGUCUGGUGCUGCCAAGGAGAAUGGCCAAAAGCACACUGAUGCCCCAAAUAACAAUAGCAGUGCACCUGCUACCAAGGCACAAGUAGUUGGUUGGCCACCAAUAAGAUCAUUUCGGAAAAAUACAUUGGCCACAACAUCCAAGAACACUGAUGAAGUAGAAGGAAAAGUAGGGCCUGGUGCUUUAUUUGUUAAGGUUAGCAUGGAUGGUGCACCUUAUCUCAGGAAGGUGGACUUGAGAACUUACUCUGCAUAUCAGGAGCUCUCUUCUGCUCUUGAGAAGAUGUUUAGCUGUUUUACCAUAGGUCAAUGUGGAUCUCAUGGGGCCUCGGGCAGAGAGAUGCUGAGUGAGAGCAAGCUGAAGGAUUUGCUUCAUGGAUCAGAAUAUGUUCUUACUUAUGAGGACAAGGAUGGUGAUUGGAUGCUUGUGGGCGAUGUCCCCUGGGAGAUGUUUAUUGAUACUUGCAAGAGACUGAGGAUCAUGAAGAGUUCUGAUGCUAUUGGCCUAGCUCCUUGGGCAGUGGAAAAAUGCCUGAACAGGGACUAGCUAGCAUUUACACACAAUUCUGCUGGCAUCAAGCAAUGUGCAAAAGUACAUCAGGGGGACUAUUGUUGAAGGGUUGAGUAGUUGGGUGUUGGGACUGGACAGCAGAUAUCAUGGGUAAAUGCCUCAAAUUAUUGUCCGUGUUUUACUUAAUUUCGUUGUAAUUCCAAGUUCUGUAAUCGUUAAUUAUGUGGGUUGAUCUAUGUAAUUGUAGAAUUUCUAAGACCCAUUACCUGGGAAUACUGCAACUUAAGUGACCCACCAUGUGGUUUGCCUCUUUCUAGACAUAAUUUUAUUCUUAAUAUGCAUUGUUUGCAAAA